AUGAGAAAAAUAUUUUCUAUUGCACAUUCUAAUUUAAAAAUAAAAAAAGGAAAUAUAAAUAAUAUAAGAAAGGAACAUAUUUUAGAAGAAGAACGAAACGUUUUUGAUGAUUAUAAAACAUAUAUAAGUGAUAGCGACACUAAAAGUGAAAAAAGUGAAAAAAGUGAAAAAAAUGAAAAAAGUAAGCAAAAUGAACAAAAUGAACAAAAUGAAAGCGAAUUUGAUAAAAUAAACAAAAUAGACGAUAGCGAUUUUAAUCCAAUCAAUAUAAAUAGCAAUAAAGAAAAAGGUGAUAAAAAUGAUAAUAUAAAGAAAGAAUGUGGUGAAAAAAAUGAAAAAUCAAACAAUGAUCAAAUUAGUGAUAUUGAUAAUAUAAAAAUUUCAAAAAAAAAUAAUUCAGAAAAUAUAGAUAAUCAAAAUAUUUCAAUAAAAGAAAAGAUGAUUGAAGAUCCAUGUUUUGUACCAAAAGAAUCUCGAUAUUUUUUACAUGAUAAUAGAUUUGAAAUAAAUGAUAAAAAUGUAAAGAAAAAAUAUAUGAAUGAUAAUAAAAUUAAACAAGCAAAUAAUGUCUAUUAUAUAGAUGAAAAAAACUGGAAACACGAUUUAUUUUAUGAUUAUAAAUAUAACGGUUAUUAUUUAAAGUAUAGAAAUAAAUAUUCAAAUUAUUAUUCUCGUAGUAUUCGUUAUUAUGGCUCAAACUUCUUAUAUACAUCUUCACAUAAAAACAAUAAAAUAAAUAUUACCAAAACAGAAGUUAAAGAACAUGUUGAUAAGUCAGUGGUUAAUUCUAAAGAUAAAGAUAAAACUAAUGAAUAUGUUAGAUCUAAGCAUGCCAAUGGUAAUGAAAAAAAUGGAAAGGAUAGUAUAGAAUUGAAUUACAAUAAAUACAAAGAAAUUGAACACAAUAAAAUAAAAAAUAAUAAAUAUGUUACCAACUUUAAAAGUGGAAAAAAUGUGUAUAAUAAAAGCUAUUCAAAUAUAAUAUACUCAUAUAAUGGGAAAAAAGACAAAUUUAUGAAAUAUAAUUAUUAUAAAAACAAUAUUUAUCGUUACAAAAAUAGUAAGAAACAAGUAUUAAGUGUUGAUAAAAAUAAAAACAGUAAAAAUUCAAAAAAUGUUAUAUGCAUAAUUAAAGAUAACAAAAAAUAUGUGAAAAAUGAUGAAAUUACAGAUAAAAGUAAACAAAUUGAAAAUAAUUGUAAAGAAAAAGAUGAGCAAAUUGAAAAUAAAAGCAAUUUAAAAAAUAUGGGGAGGGAACUUAAAUGUACUGAAACAGGUGUGAAUGAUGUACAGGAUAAAAAACAAAUUGUACACACUCAAGAAAAAAUAAAAAAAACAAAUAAAUAUAAUGAUAAAAAAAAAGGCAGUUUUGAUAAAAGACAAGACAAAAUAGAUGAUAAUAAUAUUUUAGAAAAAAAAAACAACAAAUUUUCAUAUUCAGACAAAAAUAUUUAUAACAAUAAAUAUAUAUUAAAUGAAAAAUAUACAUCUAUGAAAUAUAAAAAAUCAUCACAAUUUCAUUACUCAUAUGAAGAUCAAUAUUUAAAUCGAAGUACAAGAAAAAAUAGACAUCAUACUACUACUACUACUAAUAAUAAUAAUAGUAAAAAAUAUAGUAAUAAUAGUGACGUGAAAUAUUUGCAUGGAAAUAAAUAUUUUACUACUAAAUCAGGGUUGGAUAAUAAUUAUUGUAAUCUUUCUGAAUAUGAUAAAAAAAUUUAUAUUGAUGAAAAAAAAGAUAGUAUAUAUAAUACCCAUGCUAAUAACAUAAAUAGUAGAGGUUCAAAAAAAGAGGACAACAAUAGAGAUAUAGAUGAUAAAAAAAUAUAUUACAAAAAUGAGAAUAUUAAAGAUAUUUCAGAAGAAUUAUGUAAAUCGUUGAAUAAUUCAACAUCUGAAAUAAUAAAUAAAAAUAAAAAUACAGGCAAAUAUUUAAAAAAAAAUAGUGAUAAUUUGAAUACUCCAUAUACAGAUAUUAGUUAUAAUACAAAUGAUCAAAAAAAAAUUAUAAAAAAUGACGAAAAAAUAAAAAAAAAAAUGGAAGAAAAAAAUGUGAAAAUAAACAAAUUAAAAGAUAAUGAGAAUAACGAUAAAUGUGAAAAUAGUACGCGUGAAAUUACGCACACAAAUAAUAAGAAUUAUAAAAGUAAAGAUUACAAAAAGUUUUUCAUAGAUUUUCAUAAUAAAAAAUUUGAUGAUAAUGUUCGUAAAAAAAAUAGUUUAAAAUACAACAAAAAUAUUAAGGAUAAAUAUUUUUCAAAAUAUCAAAAGUAUUACUCUACUAUAGAGAGCAGUUCAAAAAAUGAAUAUAAAAAUGAUCACAAUAAAGAUGGAAUAAAUAAUAGGAAUAAAUUUUAUGCCAAAGAUAAUCACAAAAAUCGUUCUCAGAAAUAUUCCAAUUGGAAAGACAUAGAUAUAAAUGCUGGAAUGAAAAAUGAAAAAAAAUCAGGAAAAACAAACGAAAAUGAUAAAGAAAAGGACAAGGAAAAAACAACCAACAAACUAUAUCACAUAUAUAAAAGAAAAACAGAGAAUAGCAUCAAUGUAGAUAUUUGUGAAAAAAAACAAGAUAAUAAAAUGAAUGUAAAUUAUGAUGAAAAAAAUUAUGAAAAAAGCACCAUUUAUUCAAAUAAAAAAUAUUCCAAAUAUGACGAUGAUAAAUGGGGCCAAAAUGAAGAAAAAGGAUAUUUUGGCGAAAAAAAAAAACAAAUAAAUAGUGAAAAAAAUAUAGAAAAGAAUGAUAUAUAUCAAAAUAUAAAUAACAAUAAUAAGACUAUUGAUUUUUCACUUAUUAAAAAAAAGACACCAGAAAAAAUAAAUCAUGAAACAAGCAAUAAACAUAAUUUUGUAAAAAAAAAUGACAAAACUGAUGACUUAACAACAAAUAAUAAUUAUAAUAAUAAAAGAAAAAAUUCAAUUAAUAAUGAUAUUUCGAAUCCGAAUGAAUUUCAAGAGGAUAAAAAAAAUGCAAUUAAUGAGCAUGUAGACAAUAAUAAUAACGAGGAAGAUAUUAAAAAGUAUUAUCAUAAUAAUAGUGAUAAUUUAAAAAAUAAAAUGUUACAUCAAAAGAAUAUAAAAAAUAAUUACAAUAUAAGUAGUAAUAUACAAAAUUAUAACUAUAUUAAUAAUGCAAAUUAUCAGAUAUAUGGAUAUGAUAAUAAUUAUAUAGAAAAUAGUAAUAGCACAAAUUAUUAUUAUAAUGAAAAUUUAUAUUCAGCAAAUAAUAAUAGUAAUGGAAGUAAUAAUGAAAAUAACUCUAAUUUCAACAUUGGAAAUAGUGAUACAACGAAUAUAGGCAGUAAUAAUAAUUACAUAAAUGAUAAUACAAUAUUUUAUAAUGAUAAUGGAUAUCAUCAAACCCACCAUAUGAAUAAUCAAUUUAUGAAUAAUAAUUAUAUGAACAAUAAUUAUUUAUCUAGCUUAAAUUAUAUGAAUGAAGGAAAUUAUAUAAAUGAUACUAAUUAUAUUAAUAAUCCGAAUUAUCAUGAAUGCAGAUAUAUUCGAAAUAAUUAUAUAGCUGAUAACUCUGGAUAUAUAAAUGAUAAUAAUGCUUAUAUGAAUAAUGAUGUACCUAAUUAUAUUAACGAUAAUAAUGCUUAUUUAAAUAAUAAUCGAGGUUACAUAAAUGAUACAGGAUCUUAUAUUAAUGAUAAUUAUGUUCAGGAUACAUAUAUAAAUAAUAAUUAUAUUAAUGGCACUAAUAAUUAUUACUAUGAUUAUAUCCAACCAAAUUAUGUCAAUUCAAAUGAAAAAUAUUAUUAUAACAAUAGUAAAUAUAUGAAACAAAAUUAG